UCUCCCUAUUCCAUUCAUUGCAAAGGCCAGGGCCUCUGCACAUCAGAUGGGAACACCAUGGCAGACAGAAGGCUCCCAAAACACAGGGACAUUCUGUGUCUGUUUGAUGUGGAUGGGACCUUAACCCCUGCAAGGGAGAAGAUAGACCCAACAGUCGAUCGGUUUCUGCAGGAGCUCCGCCAACGAGUGAAGAUUGGAGUGGUUGGAGGAUCUGAUUAUUCUAAGAUUGCAGAGCAGCUUGGAGAAGGAGAUCAGGUGGUUUCGAAGUUUGAUUACAUAUUUGCUGAAAACGGAAUUGUUCAAUACAAGGAUGGCAAACUUCUCUCCAGACAGGCCAUCCAGAACCAUCUUGGUGAAGAAUUGCUCCAAGAUCUUAUUAAUUUCUGCCUCAUGUACAUCGCUCUGCUCAAACUGCCAAAGAAACGAGGAACAUUCAUUGAAUUUCGCAAUGGAAUGCUCAAUAUUUCACCCAUUGGACGAAGCUGCACUCAAGAAGAAAGGAUUGAAUUCUCUGAGUUAGAUAAGAAAGAGAAAAUCCGAGAGAAAUUUGUAGCUGCACUACAGAGAGAAUUUGCAGGGAAAGGUCUGAGAUUUACAAGAGGGGGAAUGAUCAGUUUUGACAUCUUCCCUGAAGGCUGGGACAAACGCUGCUGUCUGGAUGUUGUAGUAGCAGAAAAAUUCAGCAGCAUUCAUUUCUUUGGCAAUGAGACAACUCCGGGUGGGAAUGACUACGAGAUCUACACUGACCCUCGUACAAUAGGACAUACUGUGCUUUCCCCUGAGGACACUGUACAGAGGUGCCAAGAGCUUUUCUUCUCAGAAAGAGACAAUGAAGUAUGAUUGGCUUCUAGGACCAUGUUACCUGCAGGUCUGACCUACUUGUGUAAAAGGCACAAAAUUGUCUUUUUCUUGUACCAGGACCAAAUAGAUGCUGUGAUAGGAGACAUGGACUGUUCCAUGACAGAUAAUCACAGGCAGAACCAAAAGCCACCACUUUAUGUUUGUUCAUCUACUUGAAAAUAUACCUUUAUAUGGCCCUAUUGUAAAGAUUGUCUGCAGUACUGCAGAAACACAAGAGGGAUCUAUAGUAGAUGUAUACCGGUGCAUUGUAUCAUUAAAAAAGGUUCUUGAUGACAAUUAUACAAAUAGGGAAGAAAGGCUUAAGGAAAACCUAUGUUUCACUGACUAUGAGACUUUUCUUCUGGUUGCUGGGAAUGUUACCCUUGCUAUAGAGCAAUUCUCACACUGUGCCCUUCAUAAUGAAAGCAUAUGUUGAUAUUCAACAACAUAAUGGAGAUAAUGGAGAACACUGAUGGAAGUAGUGUUCUGUUAUGUUACACAUCCACUCACUCCAGCCUUUAUACAUUACAUAUUUGGCUAAACUAUAUUAGAAACAUUUUUUUAUUUUACAUCUAUUUACCUAGCUUUUAUUUUUACACUGGACAAUUCCUUUAAUGAUGGGCUUCUGUAAUGACAGUUUGUAAGAGAACAACAGAUUCGAGGCUAGUGUUUAUAGUGCUUAAUGUUGUUACUUGAAGUUUAUUCCAUUCAGACACUGUGAAGCAAAUGAAAUGGGAAUACGAUUGCUGUCUGGCUGGUAAAAGUGAUCUUUGUUGCCAAUUAAAAUAAUAGAGAAGAAUAUGAACAGCAAUGGGAAGGCCAGUAUAUUUUUUUGCAUAAAAGUGGCAACCCUAUCUCACACCCCUAAACCGGGAAGUGAAAGUUGAAUGGACGUAUAUGUUGCAGCAAAUACAUUACACUACACAAGUCCAGGGAACCUUAAUAAAA